CCUAAAUACUGGGUAAAAUUUUUUCUUCCUAUCUGCCAUCUGUCACGUCUGUAAUUUUUUUUAUGAAAAUUAAAUGUCAAAUGCAAAGUAUAAAUGUUGUUGUAUAGUUGAUUAUUGUCAGAUAAUAAAUUAAUUACUUUAAAAUGUCUAGUGCGAAUGUGAAAGAUCAAAAUCAACCUCGGAAGGAGAUGAAAAGUACAGGCUUAAAAAAAUGUUUCACUGCUUUAGUAGACCGAAAGCAAGUAAAUUUAGAUAUAGACGUUUUAAAUUUAAUGCUUAAAAAAGAGCUGCUGAUAAAUUUAGAUGUUCUGGAUAAGAAUUUGGCUGAAGUAUUACCUGUAAUGCUUGUAAUGUAUAUGAAGACCUGGCCUGGAUGGCAAAGAAGUAAAGAGUACUUCAGUGGAAAAUUGAAUUUCAAGGACUGGUAUGAAAAAUUCAGACAAUAUAUAGUGGUACGGCUCAAUUACUUGAUAAAAAAUGGAUAUGCCAGUGUCAUUGAGGAAAUGAAACGGGAGAAAAAGAGGGAUGUAGAUCGACUUAAUCCAAUCAAAACUUACACGGAACAUGGAUCACAAACAGACGCUUUGGCACCCAAAAGUUUUGCUCCAUUUAGUAUAUGCAUAAACUGCCCACCUUCUGUCGUAAACUCAGUGGUAUUUGGAGAUUCAGAAGAUGACAUUAUUCUCAGACACCAUCCUGAAUUGUUGUGGACUAACAUUGACACGAUGCAGUUGAUCCACUGGCCAUUCAUAGAAGUUGAAUUUUUUACUCCCGAGUUGUCAUUUAAAAGGAGAAAUUGCUUUGAAUAUACCAGAUACAUUAACUUUACGAAUAUCCCGUUGACAUAUGAUAAAUGUGAAUAUAUAGAUCAAAUUGAAAUCAUCGAUCCAUCAAACGGAAGGAACUGUUAUACAUUAAAUAUGUUAAGGUGUUACGUGAAAGAAUACAUGUCCAUUCUCAAGUCUGUAAAAGAUAUAGACGUAGAUGUAUUGAAGGUAGGAAUCAUUCUUAACCAAUUUUUGGCAGACAUUGAGGAAAUUAAUAUGAACAAUACUAUGGCCACUAACACUUCCGUGGUAUUCAAUAUUGGUAGAUCAGUUUUUCUUAGAAACAAGAAAAUAUCAAGAGCGUCUUACACCACUAAAGGACCUAACAAUCCUGUUGGAUACUCUGAAAUAAUUGUCCCAAAAGUGGAAACAUCCCUGAUUUUUUUCAAAGGCGUACAGGAUCUGAACACGCCAGAAGUCUCCUUCUCGUAUUUGAAUAUAAUCAAGAACUGUCUGAAAUCGAACGAUGUUAAGUCAGCAAUAAAUCCCAUUAAGCCCUUGAUAAUCUACAAAUGCAGUUUCUGUCAGUUGAACCUUAAAGAAGAAGCUGCAAUCAUAAAACACUUGCAAGAGGUCCACAAGAUGGAUCCCAACGUGAUAUGUAUAAAAUGCAAAAAAUCGUUGUCCGUGUGUUUGCUGUCGAGCGUAAGGUGGAAACACAUUUGUACGACCAACCCCAUAAGUCUGCAACAGCACAGUAAGCAGGUCCCCAUAACACUCAAAUAGAAGGCUAUGGUGCUGAGGAAUCUGCAUAUUAGGAGCUUUCUGUGGUUGGAAAUCUGACCCCCAGAGCUAUGGCACUCACAAAGUCUACAGUUUUAGAAUUUUUUCGUGUCCAGAUUUAAUCCCCAGGACACGUCUGCUAAAUCGCAGCACCCGUGUUGUUUUAAAGCUGACGUGAUCUGGCUGAUUAGACCCGUGUGACAAUAGUAUGGUGGGUCUACGCGCAUAUGGUAACGUCACUUGAGAACAAUGCUGACAUGGUUUAUAUUGUCAUGAAAAUGUAACUUUCUGUAGUUUUUUUUUUAAAUAAUCCAGAGCUGUUGCAAUCUAAUCAUUAAUUUUAUUUAUUGUAAAAUAUAUGUAAAACAAUUAACGUUUCUUCAAAUUUCAAACUUGACUUUUUAAACAUGAUUGCGCACACCAUAUUAUUUUCGCACCAUGCAUUUAAAAUUUUUUUAAUUCUGACUUGCGAUUCGUGACCAGCGACCCUGAAAACCUGAAGAACUAACAGUGUUGCCAACUUAGUGGAAUUUGAUUCAUGUCUGGCGGACAAAAUGUGCAAUGCGGAUAUGGAAUUUAUGAAUAAAAUCCAGAUAAAAAUGUUG